AUGAACGACACAGUAACUACCUGGACCAGGAACUUCCUGACCAGCAGACUGCUUCAGCAGAAACAAGUGCCCACCGGCGUCCUUCACCCUGGGAAGGCAAUAGCCCCUAAGAUAGAAACUCAAGAAAAACUAGAGAUGUAGAAGACCACACCAGAUAUCAUCUUUGUGCUUGGAUUCAGAACCCAGUUUGGUGGUGGCAACAUAACUGGCUUUGGCAUGAUUGAUGAUUCCUUAGACUAUGCAAUGAAAAACGAACCCAGGCACAGACCUGGAAGACAUGGCCUGUAUAAGAAGAAGACCUCACGAAAACAGCCAAAGGAACACAAGAACAGAAUGAAGAAAGUGAGGGGGGCUGCAAAGGGCAAUGAUGGCGCUGGCAAGAAGGAAGCUGGCGAUUGGACAACGUAA